AUGAAGACCACCAUGAUCACCUCCAUCAUCGCCGCGGCCCUCGCUGCUCCCCUCGCCAGCGCCUGGACAAUCAACGCCUGCGGCCACACGUUCUCAGGAGAAGGCUCCAGCACUUGCACCACAGUCUCCUGCGACACGGGCGAGAUCGUCGACUUCAACGCCGGGAACCCAGGCGGAGCCAUCGAAUUCAACCUCUACUCCGAUGCUCAGUGCACCAACGAGAUCACCCACUUUGCCGAUGACAAGUUCGGCUACGAGCUUCCCCAGAACCUGCGCUCUUUCUUGAUUCUUACUUAG